AUGUCGUUCAAUCUUGCAUUUUUCAACGGUGAUGUUAAACGGGAUCGGCGGCAGGAGGCGAUGCUUCGAAGCAUGAAUGAACGGGACUCGUUUUUGAAGCGGCUUGAGCAGAUGAGCGCGCAAAGAGAUUUGGAGGAUAAAAAGAAAAAGGCGUCGAUGAAAAUUCAAAAGGAAUGGAGACGAUACAGAAUGAAAAGAAUUGUGGGCAACGAUUUGCGAUCAAUGUUUGAUGCGCUUAGGGAGGAUGACAACGCGAGAAGUGUUCAGGAUAUUUCUCGAAUGCUUAACCUGAUUGCUGUGUUCUAUGAGAAGGGUAAAGAUGAUUCGAGAUUGGUAUUUGUAUUAAAUGAAGCCGUAAGAAUUUCGCGAGAGUUUCCCAACGAUUGCGCGAACAUUGCGCCCGAAUCGCGACGUCUUCUACUGGCGAGAUGCUGUAUAAAGUUCAUGCUCAAUGCGGACAGCUGCACCAACUUUUUCAUGAUUUACAGGUUUUUUGAAGCAUUUAUAACGUCGAACAGUGCAUUAAUGGAGAAAUGCGCGAAUAUUGGGUAUUUCGAAGCGCAACUCAAACUCAUGGAUACGGUAACUGAGCCGAAAUUGACCGGAAUUGAGGCGAAGGCGCCGCCGCCGAGAUGUAUGCAAGUCAUGAGCCGAUUUUUUGCUCCGAUUGAGAAAAAGUCGCCAAUUUGCACGAUUCCGAUUUAUGCGCAUAUUAUUCGUGCCAUGUGCAAUUGUCCGAAUGACUUGCAAUUUAUCAAUUAUCUAUUGUCCCAAUUUACCAAUGUUAUGAGCCCGAAUAGUCCCCAUUUCUCGGGAUUUCUGAAAACUGUUGAAAACGCCGCGCUCGAUGGUAGACACGAUUCGGCGAUGGCGAGAUUGAGGCUGAAAGCGUUGCUAAUUGAGCAGACGAAAAAUUUCGACGAUUUCGACGAGGCGAUGGUGUCACAAUUUAUGAACACAUUGGCGAAAGUGAUGGCGAUGGGCGAUGGUGUUGCAGUAAAUGACAGGUGUGACGCGAUGGAGCUUGGCGACGAGAAGCCCGAGCAUUAUUUGAGGCGAAUUGUCGACGAACGACUCGAAUCGGAUCAGUUCCGGCGAAUCGCGAAAGUUUAUGUGAAUUGUGCCAAUAUGAAACUUGAAACGAUUGUCUCCCUUCAAAAGCAAUUUCUUGUGAUAGUCGACACACUUGCCGGAUCGAGCAAUUUUAUGAAAUCACUGACAACGUUCAUCAUAUCGAAUAUUGAUAGGAAUGGGAAGAUUGACGAAACGACGCCAAAUUUGGGAAUGGUGAAGUCGGCGAUCACAUUGGUGUGCUGUUGUAUUCGGAAAAGACUGGCGUCGGUUGCUGAUUCGGAAUUCGAGCCAGAUCUCGUCGUUCCGCAAUUUAUUGAUGUUUUGACACUUUUGAGAAAUGUUUGCUUAAAACUCAUAAAUCUAGUGCAUCCUGAUGUGCCCAGUUUCAAGAAGAUGUCGGAAGUUCGGCAGAAAUUGAACGAAGCGAAAAUGAAAUGGAAAGAUGUUUGCGAUGCAGUGGUGAGCACACUCCAGGCGGUCAACGAAAAAGAGACGAGACUGAAAUUUUUGAAAGAUGGAUUCUGGACGGACCAUGACAGAAAUGUUGUUAUCACGAAAUGGGAAGUCGACAGACGGCCAAAUCAGCGCGCGUCGAAUUCCGAUGAUCAAGCGUUCGUUCAGCAUUUGUCGUAUGCUUAUGAUGGAAGCGACGAUGAUUCGGAUGUAGAGGAAGAGAGAAAAAAUAUUUCCCCAAUUGCUGCUCGUAAUCUCGCUAUAAUGCAAUCGAUCCCAUUUAUCGUACCUUUUAUGCAGAGAGUUAAGAUUUUCUCGAAAUUGAUCAAUCAUGAUCGAAAUGAGGGCGAAAUUCCGCGAAUGCACGAUUUCGAUUUUCGCAGCAAUGGCUAUAACAUCACGGUUCGACGCGAAAGCCUUUAUGAUGAUGCUUUUGAGGUUUUGGGUCCGAAUCCGGGAAACGAUCGCGAUUUACGCCUGCCGAUUCGUGUCCGAAUGGUCAACUGGAUCGGAGUGAAUGAAGCUGGAGUUGACGGUGGCGGAAUUUUCCGAGAAUUUCUCAAUGAGGUGCUCAAAGAAGGCUUUGAUGUCAAUCGUGGACUAUUCCAAUAUACGUCUAAUCGAUUACUGUACCCAAACCCAUCGUCACCGAUUGUCCUCGGGCCACAGUAUUACAGACAUUAUCAUUUUUUGGGGAGAAUGCUGGGAAAGUUGAUCUAUGAGAAGCAACUCAUUGAGCUGCGAUUCGCCGAAUUCUUCAUUUCGCAACUUCUCUCGUCGAAUCGCCAUCAGAAGGAUGUCGAUUUGCAGCACAUGAAGAGCUACGAUCCGGAGGUGUUCAAGCAUUUGAGAGGAUUGUUUGAUAUGAGCGAAAUCGAAUUGGAAUCGCUUCAAUUGGACUUCAGUUUGGUGAUCGAUGAUCUCGGCGAUGUCAAGACGGUCAAUUUGAAGCCGAACGGCUCAUCGAUUCGAGUGACACGCGAGAAUGUUCACGAAUAUGUUCGCCUCUAUGUCAAUCAUCAUCUCAAAAAGAGGAUCGAGCCGAUGAUGGAAGCGAUGAGGCGCGGAAUCAGCGAUUUGAUCAAUGUUGAAUGGUUGUCGAUGUUCUCGUCGAACGAGAUUCAGAUUUUGAUUGCUGGAACUGAAGAAGUGUUCAGUAUUGAUGAAAUGCGCAAGCAUUGCCUUUGCACGAACACGAAAAACUCGAACGAUGAGCAUUAUAUUGAUGUGUUUUGGAGUGUUGUUGAGGAAAUGACGGCAGAAGACAAAAAAGCGCUUCUAAAAUUUAUUACGGGCUGCUCGAGACCACCGAUCGAAGGAUUUCAGAAUAUUUUCCCGCCGCUUGGAAUUUUGCUUGUCGAAGAUGAAUCGCUGCUGCCGACAAGUGCGACUUGUAUGAAUAUGCUCAAAUUGCCCAAAUAUUCGACUCGUGAGAAACUUGAGGAGAAAUUGAGAUAUGCGAUUAAUUCGAACGCUGGGUUUGAAUUGAUGUGA